GUGAUCAUAGUAUUAUGGAACCAUGCACUGGAUCGGUUAAAGUUAACUGCAUUUUCAUGCGGUGCAUCUGUAGGAGAUGAUUCACUGCAUCCCCAUGGCAUCCUUAUUAACAUCAUGACGUUCAUCUUCAUGUGGGGCCUUCACAGGCAGAGUCUGCGGGCUCUUCGUGGAGUUCCGUGCCUUUCUCAGCUUCUGCUUGUGUGCCCCGGAGCCGCAUGCUCUCGGAUCGCCCGUGUCUGCAGGCCGUCCGGACUGGUCUGUGGUGCUCUGCCUUUUGAUGGCGGGAGGGUGGCUCUUUCCACCAUCAUCCGAGACCCACUGACACUCGGCGUGGGGUCUGUGUGUCUCCACGGAGAUGCCACGCAUCGGUUCCUCCUCACCCAGUCACCUGGCCCCACCGCAACAGAUGAGCACACGUUUGUGGGCCGACUCCAUGCCUGCGACUCUUCCAAGCAGCUUCUCCGGCUGCUGCAGUCUGCGGCGGUGAUGAUGUCUGACACGAUGGCGGCCGCGGUGCUGCACCGUAUAGCGGACGUGGAGCGGGAGGGCCGCGGCCUGAGGAACCCCGAGAUCCUGCAGACGGAUGAAGUUGGGGAGAUCUGCUGCCAGCUGGAGCGCGAGUCCACGCGGCUGACUGAUGCGGGGCUGGUCUCGGCCCUGCUGGCCUGCACCCGCCUCUACGUGGACCCCUGGAGCACUCUGAUGGUGCGACUCAUCUCUGAGAGCCAGGAACGGCUAGACCAGGAACGGCUGACAGCGGCUCACCUAUGCACCCUGGGGGAGGCGCUGCUGGCCCUAGAGGGACCCGGCUGCGGGAUGCUGCACCAGGUCAUGGAGCAGGUGGGGCGACAGUCACCCUCAGACUGGAGCCUAGACGAGCUGAUUGCCGUAUACGGCUUGCUGCAGAGCGGGGCCAACGCAGGCAGUCGCUACCAGGAGCUCCUGAAUGCUAUGAACACCUACACCGUCUCUAUAGCUACGCAGCUUGACCCUACUGCCGUGAGCAAGGUGCUCAGCGCCCUGGUGGUGCUCAACCAGACCCAGGCCCUGCCGCUGGUCAUCAGCCUCUGUAAGAAUUCGGUGAGCCACGUGCCCCGGUUCUCGGACGCAGAGCUCACAAUUGUCCUGGGAGCCCUGAUGCACUUCGGUCACAGCGAACGCUUCUUCGUCGAAGCCCUGGAGAGGCGCGUCACCAAGACGGCGUUCACAGCGCACCCGGAAACGGUCUCCAAGGCGAUGCAGUAUUUUGGCCGCCGCAACAUCCUUUCUGUGCCCGUCUUUGAUGCAGUGGCCGAGAGCUUCGUGUACCGGGCGGACGACUACAGCACCAGCCAGAUUGCCAGGCAGAUCAUGCCCUUUGGGAAGCUGGGAUACCUGCCACCUAAUGGCGCAUCGCUCUUCCGCAAGGUGGAAGCCAUCUUGCACUCCCGCUUCUCGCAGUUUCAGCCCCGCACCCUGCUCAACCUGCUCCACUCCUGCACUUUGAUCGAGAGGUUCCCUCUCAACUUUGUGGCCAAAGUCUUCAGCCCCUAUUUCCUCCAGCAGCUUCAGGAGCAGGGUACAGGCAUGGAUAGGAUUGUACUCUCACAGCUGACGCAGAUCUACUUGACUGUUAAGUUGGAGUGCCCUUUUUACACGGGACCCAACCUCUACCGUAACUACCGUGUGAAGUCCUUCCUGACACCAGGCCGGUCCCUGGAGACCCCGGUAGAGAUGCAGCUCUACAACUCUGUGAAAGCCGGCCUGGUGAACCUGUUUGGGGCCCGGUCCUACUUUGCGUCACGUGUCCUCACUCCGUACUGCUACACUCUAGAUGUGGAAAUAAAGCUUGAUGAGGAAGGAUACGUGUUGCCAGCCAGCAGUAUCGAGGAAGUCUUUAAGAGGAUAGCCGUGUGCAUCGACGGUCAGAACCGGUUCUCGACGAACACGAGGAAGCUCCUGGGCAGAGAGGCCAUGAAGCAGAGGCACCUGAGACUGCUGGGAUAUGAAGUUGUGCAGAUUCCCUUUUAUGAGUUUGAGAUGCUAUCAAGCAAGGCAGAUAUAGUGGAAUACUUGCACAAGAAAAUUUUCCCCCGCAGCUACAGGCUCAGCUGGUGAUUGUCCAAGGGCAGUCGAGCAAACAGGAAGUGUGACAAGCAUCCUGCCUGAGACUGACUAAUCCAAUGUUUGCUUCCACAUUAAUUGCCCAACUGGGCAAACAAAUCUUUCCAAAAGGUCCUUUUCCUCCCUGCUCCUUUUUGAACUCUUGAUGUUUUGGAGGAUAAACACGAGUCUCCCGUCCAGGGAUGUGUAUUUAUAUGCGAGCAUCCUAUGGUCAGAAGAUUAGAUCAGAGGAUGCUCAUGCUUUGAUAAUUUAAGUUGUUGUGGGAUUUUAUUGUAAAUUAUCUGACAAAAUAAAAGUCCUGUCCACUCUGGUUAACAUUCAUUGUAGUUACCAGGGUGAUUGUUCAAAGUCAGGCAAAGGACUGCUGUGUAAGAUGAAAACUUUACUUCCAGCAGGAA